AUGUCGCGAAGCUAUGUCCAGCCAAACCAGAUGCGCCAGUUGCGCGCAUGCAUGGUCUGCUCGAUCGUGAUGGUGCGAAGCCGCUUCAAGAGGGAAGGAUGUCCCAACUGCGAAGAGUUCCUCGGCCUCGCGGGCAGCGACGAACAGGUCGACAACUGCACCUCAUCCGUCUUUGAAGGCCUCAUCACGCUCGCCGAGCCGAGCAAGAGCUGGGUGGCAAAGUGGCAACGACUGGACGGAUACGUCAAGGGCGUGUACGCCACCAAGGUCAUGGGCCAGCUGCCGGAGGACCUGGUCUCGCAGAUGGAGGAGCAAUACAAGGUCCGGUACAUACCACGCGAUGGAAGUGCGACGGAGGCGGACUAG